AUGGCCACGGAGCUGUGGCCGCGAGGGACCACGAUUGGGUACCGGUAUAUCGUCAAGGGGAUGCUCGGGGGCGGCGGGAACAGCCAGUGCAUUCGGGCGGUCCACUGCGACCUCGGAGACCAGGUCGCGAUCAAGACGGUGCACCCGCUGCUUCUCAGCCGGCGUCCCCUGGGACAUGCGUUGCGCGCACUCCAGGACCUGAUCACGGAGGGCCGCGUGAUGGCGCAGUUCCGGCACCGCAACAUCCUCGCGGCGCGGGACCUCUUCUGCAGCCCGCCGGAUCUUGCGAUGCGGCUUACAGCAGCGAUGCGGCUACAGGCUGGGGCGUCGGCGCAGGACGCGAACCGCGCGCUGCGGGACCUUGAGCAGCUCGUGACCUCGGGGAUGGCCUACGCGGGCCUCGUGGUCAACGUGCUCCCCGGCAUGACCUGCGCUUCGCUCCUGGAUGGCACGGGACGCCUGGAAGAGACGAUUGCGGCGCGUAUCAUCGCAGAGAUCCUCGAGGCGCUCGUGGAGGUGCACCGCCAGGGCGUCGUCCACGGAGACAUCAAACCCUCGAACGUCAUGAUCGGAUCUGGAGGCCCUUCGCGCGGCCAGAUCACCCUGUUCGACUUCGGCCGCUGCCGGCCCAUCAACGCCAACUUGAUGCUCCACGAGGAGGAGUGCGCGGGCCCGGGGACCGACGACGAUGCCGAGCACGAGGACGAUAGCAGCGGCAUGCACAGCACAGGGCUCACGCGAGCUGGGAGCGGCGCUGCGCCGCAGAUGGGCAAGUGCGACGAGCCGCCGGGGCGGCUGCAGACCGAGCCGUACAGCAACUCGGGCACGCACGCGGGCGGGGGCCACAGCGAGCGCAGCUGGCCGCGUGUCAGCUCGCAGACCUGCGGGGCGCAACUGCCGCGUGCGACGACCGUGCAGUCCGUCAACGUCCGCGGCGGGGACUCGGGGCACCGCCGCGCCAGGGCUGCGGCCACGCAGGCCGGGGAGACGAGCAACGGCGGCGUGUUUAUCAUGCAGCUGCCGGCAGCGGACGCGCCCGCGUGGGGCACCCCGCAGCAGCCGAUCACGAGCAUCGCGACGUCGCAGGGGUCCUCGACGGUCGGGUCCACGCCGUGGCCUGCGCCGGGCGGCCCGCAGAGCGCCGAUACGAUCAAACACGCCGGGUCGUUCCUGGGGCACGUGGCGGCGGCGGCGCGCAAAGCGUCGCAGAGCGGCGAGCACGGUUCGGACGGGCCGCUGGACGAGACGGAGACGCCGACGGACGACACGCGGACGCGCACGCUCUCCGGGAACGCGGACGUGCCUGCCGCGGUGAGUGUGCCGGCACCGCGUCGCGCGGCGCCGCCGCCGCCCGCGCGCCCGCCGCCGCCGCCGCCGGUGACGACUGUCCCGCCGCGGUGCUCCGAGAUGAAGCCCGUGCGCGAGCCGUCCCCGCGGGUGUCGGCGGCGCACCCGGCGGCCAGAAUCGCCCCCGUGAGCGUCGCAGUUGCGUCGCCCGCGGGGGCGCCGCGCGCGGCGCGGUGCGAGCCGCCGAACCGCGUGCCGAUCUCCAAGUCCGUCGGGAGCGCCGAGGACCGCAUCGCGUCGGGGCACCGCCGCACGGAGCCGCGGGAGCUCGCGCGCGACGCCCCUCGCCGCCGGUCAGCGAGCCUGCCGCGCAUGCAGCGCCCGGAAUCGAUGAGCGACCGCGCCCGACGCACGUUCGCGACGGCCAAGUCGGACUUCAACACGUCCGUCGACACGCCGUCGGAGAUCUCCGCGUUGUUCCGCGGCAAUCACGUCUCCGCCGCAGCGGCGGAUCCGCCCGCGUCGCCCGCGCACGGCAACGCCGGCGAGCGCACGCCGAAGCCGCGGCGCGGCACCGCGAUCGGCCUGGCUGCGGCGGACAUGGUCGCGCGGCUCGGCGCGGGGGCGCUGGCGAAGCAUUCGGUACCUGCUGUGGAUGCGUUCCCGAUGCGAGCCGAGCCGUCGCCGGUGUUCUCGCGGGCCCGUGCGCGGGCGCCGAGCGCGGAGCGGCACUCGCGCUCGCCGCUCUCGCGGUCGCGGCACUCCCACUCGCGGCACUCGGGCAGGCGGGGCAGCCACAACAACGACGCGAAAGCCAGUCACUAUUCCAUGGUCCGCGAGGAGUUCUUCGCACUAGGGGCCGGCCCCGCGGUGGUGCAUGCGGGGGGCAACCUCGACUACGCCGCCCCCGAGGUGCUCAGGGGGGACCUGAGAGUUGACGUCAGGUCAGACCUCUGGUCGGUCGGACUCAUCGCCUUCGAGCUCGCCGCCGGCUUCCACCCGUUCAAGCAAUCCCAGGACCAGGCGGCGAACGUCCUCAUCGACGACCCGAAGGACGCCCGCCACGUCGAGCAGACCCUCGCGAACUACUGCAGCCCCGCGUUCGCCGCCGCCGUCGCCAAGGCCCUCGCCGCCGACCCACGCAAGCGCUACGCCUCCGCGGAGGACAUGCUCGACGCGUUCAGGGCGCUCGCGCCCUGCACGGCGUGCGGCGGGCAGGUGUCGGCCGAGCAGCUCCGCGGCUUGGCCGCCACGUCCCUCGCAUCCCCCAUGGGCUCGCGCAAGGUUCGCGCGACGCGGCAACGCAGCUCGCUGCGGCGCGUGACGACGCUGAGCGGCGCGGGGCUCCGCGUGACGGGCGGCGGGCUCUUCGACAGCGGCGCGAGCUACCACGACAGCGGCAGCGAGGCAGGCCUGGUUUUCCCAACCCACGCCACCACUGGAAGCCACACUCUGCAUCGCUACGAAAGCUCGACGUGCGCCCGGCCCGGCAGCCCGUCGGAGAACGACUCGGACAUCUGCCCGAGCGACUUCCCCGGGCAGGCCGUCGGCAUGCGCGCCUCGUUGCAGUGCGACACCACGACGUUGCCUGGCGUGCUGCCGGCAGCAUCAAGCAUGGCGCCGGCGGGCCGGCCGUCCACGCACGCAGUGCCCGUGCCGGUCACGGAGGACACGGUCCGCACGGGGCUCCUCGUGACGCGCGGGAAGGACUGGGCGUGGGGUCCCCAGGACGGCGGGGAGGGGUCCGAGGGGGUUGUGUUGUGGGAGGAGGCGCGCGGGUGGUGGCGGGUGGUGUGGCCGCGCCGGCAGUGGUCGGCGAACUGCUACCGCGUGGGCGGGGAGGGGUGCUACGACCUGCAGAGCACGGGACAGGUCCGCGAGGACGUCGCGAGCGUGCUGGUGCCGGAAGUGGGCUCUUACGUGGUGCUGGCGCCGUCGGCGCGACUGGCGAAGGCGCCGUGGGAGCUCCGGCACGGCGAGGUGGGCAAGGUCGUGGAGGAGGACACGGGGGAGUCGUCGAGCCGGCGGAGCUCGGAGGACGCCCCCGGGCGGCGGCGCUCGUCGGGGAGCAACGGCAGGAAGCUGCGCGUGGUGGUUUGCGGCGGGCACGGGGUGUGGAUGUCGGCGUCGGCGCUGCAGGUGGCGCCGGACCCGUGGCCGGCGUUCGGCGAGGCCGUGACGAUGAUGCGGGCGCGUGCGGGCCUGCGGGUGGACCGUGGCCCCGGGUGGAGGUUCGGCGGCCAGGGGGGUCCGGAAGGGACACAGGGGGUGUUGGACAAGCCCGAGGACGCGACGCACUGGUGGGUCGUGUGGGACCACGACGGGAGCCGCGAGCUCUACGAGAUACCCUGGGACACGUGGUCGGGAGAUAGCGGGUUGAUAUUUACCGGCGGGAGCGGACUCUUGCCGCCGGCGUGGCGCGAGCUGCGCGGCGCGGGCGUCGGCGGCGCGUCCGUCGCCGGCGGCGGCACGCCGUCGACGAGCACGCGGCACGCCCGCACCGCCGCGCUGUCGCGGCACGGCGGCGCCGAGUCCUCGCACCACCUCGUGCGCGCCGCGCCGCGCCUCCGCGUCGGAGCGAGCGUGAUGCCGGCGUUCCCGUGGGACGUCGCCGCGACGCUCGCGCUCCCCGGCGCGACGAUACGCCCCCUCGGCGACGAAGUCGCCGGCGAAUGGGCCCCGGGAUUCCGCCUCGAACAGAUGCAGGUCGGACGCGUCACCGCCAUCUGCCAGGCGACGCACUCGCUCACGAUCGCGCUGCCGGACGGCGGCGAGGGGCAGUGCCAGCCCAGCGCGGUCGUCCCGGCGCCGCGCGCGCUCCCGAUGCCCGGGGAAGUCGUCACGCAGUCGACGGCGCUCCAGGGGUUGCGUGUGCGCGCGGGACCGGAUUUCGACAUCGCGCGGCGGUCCGAAGGCACCCCGCUGGUGUCGCGGCGGAGCCGCCGGUCGAUGCGGCGGUCCGGCGAGCUCGCGACGAUCGGCGAGGGCGGCGGGCUCGGGUCGGACGAGGGUUUGGUGGACUCGGUGUUGUCGGCGGAUGAGGGCGGGGAAAACGACCCGGACGACCUCGCGGCGCGCGCUGCGAUGAUGCGGGGCACGCUCUGGGGCCCCGUGCACCAGGCGCUGGACUCCCGCUGGUGGGUCGUGUGGGACGACGGUUCCGUGAGCAAGCAUGCGAUUGGCGCAGGUGGUCGCUUUGAGCUGGCGUUCGACACGCGUCCGUCGCGCAACGCGCUGCCGUCGGUGGACCUGGCCGAUCCGGCUGUCCAGAACUCGGCGUCGCUGCGCGGGGGCCGGCAGAUCGUGCUCGGAACGCGCGUGAUGCUGUCGCCGGACUUUGCGCAGCAUCCGUGCGCGGUGUACGGGCCGCUGCGGCCGGGCGAGGUCGGCGUGAUCGUCGACGACGACCCAGACAGCGCGCUCGAGGUCCUCGUGCAGCCUGCGCAGGGGCGGAAGUGGUGGUACGCGCGUGCGGCGCUGGAGCCCGCGCCCACGCCGUUUCCCGUCGCGGGCGCCCCCGUGCGCAUCCGGUCCGCGCGCGCGGGGCUCUCGGUGCGCCGCGGGCCGUCGUGGAAGUGGGCCGACCAGGACGGCGGCCUCGGGGGCGUCGGCGUCCUCGUCGCGCCUGCACGCGCGCCCGGUUGGUGGCGCGUGCACUGGUUCGCUCCCGGCGUGACCAACGCGUACCGAGUGGGCGCGGAGGGCGCGAGCGACCUCGAGUUCCUCGGCGGCGUCGCGAGCCUCCCCGACAGCGUCGCGUGCUUCGGCGAGGCCCUCCAACCGGGCGAGCACGUCAUGAUUUCCUGGGCGGCAGCCGACGCGUCGAACGGACUGCCAGGGCCGCUCCAUCCGGGCCGCGUCGGCGUGGUCAUCGCGGUGGACGACUCGAUCUGCCCCGUGAAGGUCAUGUCGCACGACGGCUCGCUCGGGUGGUACCGGGCGUCGGAUCUACAACGCGCCCCGGCGUUGUUGCCAGAGGAGGGCCAGGACGUGACCGACGAGGACGCGCGCGCGGGGAUGCUCGUCCGGCGGCGCGUCGAGCGCUGCUCGCGCGGGUCCCGGGCGAGCUCGCGCGCGGAGGGCGCAACGCCGGAGACACUCGCAGCAGCACAGGCGUCGCUCACGCUCAACCCGAUGCAGGGCUCGGUCGGGGAGCUCGUGCGGCCGGGGAGCACGCCGGGUACGUGGGUCGUGCGGUGGUACUGCAACACAAUCGGCGGCAUGCACAUGGACACCUCGGAGGGGCUCGAGCACUGCGGCACGCCGCUACGGUGGGUCGCUGGCGAUGUGGAGGCGGCGACGGCGGCGGGGCUGGACCCGCGGAUCGCGGAGGGCCUCGAGGAGAUCGUCGGCGCGAUGCGCGAGGCGCUGAUGGAGUCUGCGAUCGAGCGAGCGGGAGUGGGGGAGGGCGGCGGCGUGGAACGGGCGCGCAGGACGCUCGACGACCCGUGGCUGGCGCCGGGGCGGCGGUUUGCGCGUGGCGACGCGGUCGUUCUGUCGCACCGCGCGACGGAGCUGUCCGCGGCGAUGCAGGGCCACCUGCGCUUCGCGUGCGGUGGCCGCGUGCUCAAAGUGCGCGACGUUGGCGCGGGGCCGCAGAUGGUGCUUGUGCGGCCGCAGACGGGCUCCGCGGGCGGGCAGCGCGCGAUGCGUACGAGCGUGGAGGCGCAGCGCGGCCGGUGGUACCCCUCGUGGGCGCUGGACCUCAUUCCCGACGGGGUGCAGCCGGGCAAUGCCGUGUCCGCUGAGAACGCGGUGGCGGGGCUGCUGGUGCGUCCGGGCCCUGGAUGGCGCAGCAUCGUGCCUGGGAUCAAGGUCGGGACCGUCGGACGGCUCGCGCGGCCGGGCGCGCGCCACGGCUGGUGGCUGGUGCAGUGGCCCACGGGCGACGUCGUGGCGCACGCCGUGGGCGCGGGCGACGUGCACGAGCUGGAGAUUGCGGCGCGCAUCGGCGAGUGCGCGCACCCGCGCACGACGAGCAAGAACGCCGAGGUCCCGCAAGCCUUCCGCGGGCUGAAAAAGGGCAUGUGGGUGGAGCUCACUCCGUCCGGCGCCUGGACCGCGGACGCCGCGCACGGCCCGCUCAAGGGCCCCGUGAUCGGCAGCAUCGUCGACGCGGACUCCCCCUACGGCCCCUUCCGCGUCAAAACCAUCACGGGCAAGCACUGGUGGUACGACGCCGAGGCGUUGCGGCCGCUGUUCGACCCGGAGACGCUCCGCGGGCAGGCCGUCGGCGAGCAGUUCGCGCGCCGCGGCCUCCGCGUGGCCGUCGGGCCGGACCACCCGCACGCCAGCCGCGGCGGCUCCGGUGUGCUGCUUCGCGGGACGCGCCCUGGCAUCUGGGAGGCCGGAUGGACCGAGCAUGGCGGCGUGGAGAAGGUGGUGACGUACCGGACGGGCAACGAGGGGUGCUUCGACCUCGCGUUCACCGGAGAUGUCGAUCCGAGGCUCGGGCGGCUCGAGUGGGCGUUGCCGGACCCAGACGCGGUGGCGGCGCUCAGGCCGCCGUUUGCGCCGGGGACGCGCGUGAUGCUGCGCAAGCGCGGUCUCGAGAACCUCGCGCACGUGCGCAAUGGGCCGCUCGUGCCGGGCGCGACCGCGACGGUGGUCGAGGACUUCGGCGGCACGCAAUUCGUGAAAGUUCGACUCACGGAGGAAGAUCGCACCGCGGCGGUGAUGGCGGUCACGGAGCGCGUGUCCACGUACAGCGACGAGCCGAUCCUCCCCGGGCGCGCCGCGCCCACGUGGGCCUACGCGCGCGGGGAGCUCAUCGCGUGGCCGGACCCCCCCCCGGAGCACGACGACAUCGUCACGCCCGCCAACGCGCGGUUCGGCCUCCGCGUGCGCCGCGGGCCGGACUGGAAGUGGGGCAUGCAGGACCGCGGCCGCACGGGCCUGCUCGUCAAGUCCGAGGACCCGUCGAACGAGUGGUGGCGCGUGGAAUGGAACAACGGCACCGGCAACGCCUACCGCGUCGGCCACGAGGGGUUCUACGACCUCGUGUACCACCUCGAGGACGACGUGCCCGUGGCCGAGGAGGCGAAGCUGUGCACGCUGUGCUGCGAGGCGCCACGCGGCGCGAGGUUCGCGCCGUGCAGCCACGCAACGUGCUGUAUGCGGUGCGCGGACGAAUGCAAGACGCGUGGGCUGGACUGCCCGCUGUGCAAGGCGCCGAUCGAGGCCAUCGUGGCGUGCAAGCCCACGGACAGCACGUAUUGA